UCUCUUUCUCUUAUAGAAUCCACAGUGAGAACCUUUACUCCGUUUUAUUUCCUAGUAGAACCAGUGGACACUCUGUCAGUUAGAGCUUCUUCUGUUAUACUGAACUGUUCAGCAUAUUGUGAAUCACCUCCAAAAAUUGAAUGGAGAAAGGAUGGGACUUUCUUGAACUUGGUAUCCGAUGACCGCCGGCAGUUAUUACCAGAUGGAUCUUUGUUAAUCAACAGCGUUGUCCAUUCCAAGCACAAUAAACCUGAUGAAGGCCAUUACCAGUGUGUGGCAACGGUGGAGAAUCUUGGCACCAUUGUAAGCAGGACAGCUAAGCUUACAGUUGCAGGGCUUCCAAGAUUCAUUACCCAGCCAGAGUCUGCCUCUGUCCAUAGAGGAAACCCCAUAGUUCUUAACUGUGAAGUUAAUGCUGAUCUAGCACCAUUUGUCAGGUGGGAGUUGAAUCAUCAGCCCCUCUUUCUGGAUGAUCGUGUACUCAGAUUGCCAAGUGGAACUUUAAUUGUCAGCAAUGCUACAGAUGAGGACGCCGGAACAUACUGUUGUGUUAUUGAAAUUGGUGGCUCUCCCAAAUACAGUGACGAAGCAGAGAUUAAAGUUCUUCCAGAAUCUGACAUUUCUUCAGACUUGCUCUUCCUGAAACAGCCCUUUUCCCUUACCAAGGUGAUUGGGCAGAGCGCAGUUUUACCGUGUGUUGCUGCGGGCAUUCCUGUCCCUCUAAUCCGAUGGACAAGAAACGAAGAAGAGCUUGUUACCGAAAAUUCUCACAAAUUUCUAUUCCUGUCUGGGGGAACUCUGAAGAUAAAUGUUAUCAGCGAAGAUGAUUCAGGAACAUAUACUUGCAUCGCAGAUAAUGGGAAUGAAACUAUUGAAGCUCCAGCUGAUCUUACUGUGCAGGUGCCUCCCACGUUUCUGAAGCAGCCCACUAAUAUUUAUGCACACGAAUCCAUGGAUAUUGUGUUUGAAUGUGAUGUGAGUGGAAAGCCAACUCCAGUGGUCAAAUGGGUAAAGAAUGGAGAUGUGGUCAUCCCUAGUGACUACUUUAAAAUUGUAAAUGAGCACAACCUACAGGUUUUGGGUUUGGUGAAAUCAGAUGAAGGUUUUUAUCAGUGUAUUGCGGAAAAUGAUGUGGGAAAUAUACAGUCUGGAGCCCAGCUGAUAAUACUGGAUCAUGCACCAGCUACAACUGGACCUUUGCCUUCUGCCCCUCGAGAUGUUGUGGCGUCCCUUGUGUCUACUCGUUUCAUCAAGCUAACAUGGAGGACCCCUGCAUCUGACCCACAGGGAGACAAUCUUACCUACUCAGUGUUCUACACCAAGGAAAUGAGUAACAGGGAGCGUGUUGAAAACACAAGUCAUCCCGGAGAAAUGCAAGUGACAGUCCAAAACCUGAUGCCUGAAACAGUAUAUAUUUUCAGAGUGGUAGCACAAAACAAACAUGGACCUGGGGAGAGCUCAGUACCAUUGAAAGUAGCCACACAGCCUGAGGUUCAGCUUCCAGGUCCAGCCCCCAACAUUCGUGCAUAUGCUACCUCUCCCACGUCAAUCACUGUUACUUGGGGUACACCCUUAUCUGGCAACGGUGAGAUUCAGAACUACAAACUGUAUUACAUGGAGAAAGGAACAGAGAAUGAACAGGACAUUGAUGUUGGAGGUCUUUCCUAUACAAUAAUUGGUUUGAAAAAAUAUACAGAAUAUAGUUUCAGAGUUGUGGCUUACAAUAAGCAUGGUCCAGGAGUCUCUACUCAAGAUGUUGUCAUUCGAACCCUGUCAGAUGUUCCCAGUGCUGCGCCCCAGAAUCUAACACUAGAAGUGCAAAACUCUAAGAGCAUUAUGAUGCAUUGGCAGCCUCCUCCCACAGGAACACACAAUGGGCAAAUUACUGGCUAUAAGAUUCGCUACCGAAAAGUGAUACGCAAAAGUGAUGUCACCGAAAUCAUUGUGGGGACACAACUUUCACAGCUCAUUGAAGGUUUGGAACGAGGUACCGAGUACAGCUUCCGAGUGGCUGCCUUAACAGUUAAUGGCACAGGAAUAGCUACGGAUUGGAUAUCAGCAGAAACAUUUGAAAGCGACCUUGAUGAAACUCGUGUUCCAGAAGUGCCAAGUUCGUUGCACGUCCGUCCACUUGUAACCAGUAUUGUUGUCAGCUGGACCCCACCAGAAAACCAAAACAUUGUGGUCAGAGGCUAUGCUAUAGGGUAUGGUGUAGGCAGUCCACACGCUCAGACUAUCAAGGUGGAUUAUAAGCAACGAUACUACACUAUUGAAAAUUUGGAUCCCAGUUCCCAUUAUGUGAUAACUUUGAAAGCAUAUAACAACGUUGGUGAAGGAAUUCCUCUUUAUGAAAGUGCAGUGACUAGAGCCUAUACAGUGCCAGACCCCUCCCCCAUGAUGCCACCCGUGGGAGUUCAGGCUUCCAUCUUGAGCCACGACACCGUUCGCAUUACCUGGGCAGACAAUUCUCUGCCAAAGAGCCAGAAGGUUUCAGAUAACCGUUACUACACCGUCCGCUGGAAAACCAACAUCCCUGCAAACACAAAGUACAAGACAGCAAAUACAACAACCUUAAGCUUCUUGGUCACCGGCUUAAAACCAAACACCUUAUACGAAUUCUCUGUCAUGGUGACAAAAGGCCGAAGAGCAAGCACAUGGAGCAUGACAGCCCAUGGCACUACUUUUGAACAAGUUCCAACUUCUCCACCCAAAGAUGUAACGGUGGUAAGCAAAGAAGGAAAGCCCAGAACUAUAAUUGUCAACUGGCAGCCUCCAUCUGAAGCCAAUGGCAAAAUUACAGGCUACAUAAUUUACUAUAACACCGAUGCCAAUGCUGAAAUACACGAUUGGGUCAUUGAACCCGUCGUAGGCAAUAGACUGACCCACCAGAUUCAAGAGCUGACCCUUGACACAGCGUAUUAUUUCAAGAUCCAAGCCCGGAACUCCAAAGGCAUGGGCCCUAUGUCAGAGGCCGUUCAAUUCAGGACACCUAAAGCAUUGGGAUCUGCAGGAAAAGGAAACCGGCCAGUGGAUGUUGGAACAGAUUAUAAAACACCCAUCAGUGGAAGCAACAGCCCUCAUGGCAGCCCCUCCCCCCUAGAAUACAAUAUGCUUCUGAUAAUAAUUGUGUCUGUGGGAGUGAUCACCAUUGUGGUUGUAGUGAUUGUUGCUGUAUUUUGCACGCGACGGACCACCUCUCACCAAAAAAAAAAACGAGCCGCUUGUAAAUCUGUGAAUGGGUCUCAUAAAUACAAAGGCAAUUCCAAGGACGUCAAGCCACCGGAUCUUUGGAUCCAUCACGAGAGGCUGGAGCUGAAGCCUAUUGAUAAAUCUCCAGAUCCCAAUCCUAUCAUGACCGAUACCCCAAUCCCUCGUAAUUCCCAAGACAUCACACCCGUUGACAACUCUAUGGACAGCAACAUUCACCAGAGACGAAACUCAUACAGAGGGCAUGAGUCAGAGGAUAGCAUGUCCACCCUGGCAGGAAGAAGAGGGAUGCGGCCAAAGAUGAUGAUGCCCUUUGAUUCUCAACCUCCUCAACCUGUGGUUAGUGCUCAUCCCAUCCAUUCUCUUGAUAACCCUCACCAUCAUUUCCACUCCGGCAGCCUGGCCUCUCCAACCUGCAACUAUCUCCAUCAUCAGGCAAACCUAUGGCCAGUUGGCACAUCUGUGUCCCAUUCAGACAGGGCUAAUUCCACAGAAACGAUUCGAAAUACGCCUAGCACAGACACCAUGCCAGCUUCUUCGUCUCAGACAUGUUGUGCCGAACACCCAGAGCCAGAGAGUGCGUCGGCAUCCUACCUACCCAGUACCCAGGAAGAGGAGACAGGCCAGAAUCUCCCCACUGCCCACGUCCGUCCUUCUCAUCCUCUGAAGAGCUUCGCUGUGCCAGCCGUCCCACCCACUGGCAGCGCUUACGACCCUGCCUUGCCAAGCACCCCUUUACUAUCGCAGCAAGCUUCUAGCCAUCCAGUUCAUUCAGUGAAGACAGCAUCAAUUGGAACUCUAGGCAGGACUCGGCCUCCCAUGCCAGUUGUAGUCCCGAGUGCCCCUGAAGUGCAGGAAACCACAAGGAUGCUUGAAGACACAGAAAGUAAUUACGAACCGGAUGAACUCACCAAAGAGAUGGCCCACCUGGAAGGACUAAUGAAGGACCUUAACGCCAUCACCACAGCGUGAUCACUUUCCCCAAGGAAUGACUCCAAAUCACAGGUCUUGGGACUUCGCCUUGGAGCACAAGGAAAUGUAUAAAGACUAGGGGACAGCACAAAAGGAGACCUGCCACCAGCCGCGGCAGCAGCAUCAGGGCCCGUUUCUGGUUAACCAAGUGACUCUUCUCGCUCAUGGGGCUGAAACGGACCUCUUUGAAUGUUGGGAUUUCCGCUUCCUGUUGAGACGAUGAUGCUGAUACGAGGAAGGGAUGGGGCGACGUCUCAGGCUGAUGGAAUCCAGCAUCCAGACGAAGUUAGCCUCCAUCGGAGACCGCAUUUGUCUCGGAGCUGCGACCUUCCCUGCUUUUUCAGUGUUGGACAUUCACAUUUAUGUAAAAUUUUAUUUGUGUGUU